AUGAUAAAAGAUAGUGGAGGUGUUUUGUAUGAGGGCGGCCAAGUGCCGAAUGCUUUUGUCAAUCAUUUUGAGAAAUUUCUUGGUAAUGAAGAAGAGAUGACGUUGCAUCCCACACCGGAGCUUUUUUCUCACACGCUAGGGGAUGAGGCAGCGCUACACAUGAUUCGACCGGUCCUUCAAGAUGAGAUAAAAAAUUCCAUGUUUUCAAUUGGGGAUAAUAAAGCCCCAGGCCCAGAUGGUUAUACGUCAGCAUUUUUUAAACACGCUUGGUGUGUUAUUGGGGAUGAUGUUACUCGAGCAAUUCAAGAUUUCUUUGAAAAAGCUGAUCGUAUAAAGGAUUAUUUGGGGGAAAUUGUUAGUAUAAACCAAUCAGCAUUUAUUCCCGGUCGGAAAAUAUCGGAUAAUAUUUUGCUAACUCAAGAGUUAAUGCAUAACUAUCAUAAGCAAGUUGGUCCUCCAAGAGGUAGAAGAGGAUUGAGACAAGGAGAUCCUUUAUCCCCGUACUUGUUUACAUUAGUCAUGGAGAUCCUUACUCUUAUGUUGCAGCAAACGGUUAGCAUUGACACUUCUUUUGCCUUCCAUAAUAAAUGUGAAAAACAGAAAAUAGUUAGUUUAUGUUUUGCGGAUGAUCUUUUUCUGUUUGCGUGUGGAGAAGUUCGAUCAGUUAAUUGCAUUAUGGAAUCACUGAGUGGGUUUUCUAAGAUGUCUGGAUUGAAGCUGAAUAUUUCGAAAAGUAUUGUGCAUUUUUGCAAUAUUCCGAACCAUGUUAAGGGAGCGAUUCUGAACCUAAUGCCUUUUAUGGAAGGCAGGAUGCAACUUGUUAUUUCUGUUCUAUCGGCUACGCAUGUUUAUUGGGCCUCUGUCUUCAUCUUGCCAGGCCGAAUUAUAAAAGAGCUGGAAGCUACUAUGAGAGGUUUUUUAUGGUGUCAAGGCCCUAUGCAAAAAGGUAAAGCUAAAGUUUCGUGGAAAGCGGUGUGUGUUCCUAAAAAAGAAGGGGGCUUGGGUAUUAGACGGAUCAGAGAUAUGAAUAAUGCUCUUAUGGCUGCUAAUGCAUGGAGUGUUAUUGUCAAAAGGGAGUCAUUAUGGGUCGCAUGGAUUCAUGAUCAUCGAUUAAAAGAGAGAAGUUUUUGGGAUUGUCGCAUUCCAAACAAUUGCUCUUGGAGCUGGAGAAAAAUCAUGCAAUUACGUCCUCUUAUUCAGCCUUAUGUUUGGGCCAAACAUGGAAAUGGAAGACAGGUAUCGGCUUGGUUCGAUACAUGGAGUGGGGUGGGGCCGCAAAAUAAAUUUUUAUCUUAUCGCACUAUCUCGAAUGGUGGAUUCAGUUUGAAUACGAAGGUAAAGGAUAUUUCAAAUGAUGGAGGGUGGACGUGGCCCUUGGCGUGGUACGAUCUCUUUCCAGUUUUAAAUAAUGUCCCUCAUCAUGUACUGAUAGACCAUGUGGAAGACAAGUUUUGUUGGAAACUCAAUGACAAGCUUAAAGAUUUCUCAACAACUGUUGUUUGGCAAUCCCUUAGAACGAGUGAGAUGGAAAUUAACUGGAUGAAUAUUGUUUGGUUCUCACAAUGUAUCCCGAAGCAUGCGUUCUUAAUGUGGUUGAUAAUACGAAAAAAAACUCCAAACGCAAGACAAAAUAAGAGAUUGGGCGGUGGCUAG